UACGAGUGAGUACUGAGUCGGCACAAUAUGCCGAGAAAGACCAGCAUGGAUGGUGCACUAGAAUCGAUUUUUGUUCUGAGAGCAUGGCUUGUCGUUUUUGUGGUGAUUGGUAUUCUUGGCAACUGGAAACUAGCUAAAGGAGAUAAUAAUCCUGGAUUCAUAAGCAUUGAUUGCGGGGCAGAUAGCGAUUAUGUGGAUGAAAGCACUGGUAUAUUUUACAAGUCAGAUACAAGUUUUAUAGAUACCGGGACAAAUAACAAUAUAUCCGCUGAGUACUACAAUUCACAACCUGUUUAUGCACGGCAAACGAGUACCCUGAGAAGCUUUCCGCAAGGAACAAAGAAUUGUUACACCUUGAAACCUAAACAAGGCAAAAACAGCAAUUAUCUCAUCAGGGCUUUCUUUCAAUAUGGAAAUUACGACAGCAAGAAUCAAAUUCCGAAAUUCGACGUAUAUGUUGGGAUAAAUUAUUGGUUGUCAGUGGUAUUAAAUGGUUCAUCUUACCUAUCAUACCCAGAUUUCAUCCAUGUUCCCUCUUCUGACACCAUAUUGGUCUGUCUGAUAAACACGGGGUCUGGAAUACCCUUCAUUUCCGCCUUGGAAAUACGUCCAUUGAGCAAGUCCAUGUAUCCGAUUGACUCCGGAGCACAAUAUAAUUCAUGGCGAUAUGACUUGGGUACCUUAAGUGAUGGAGAAUUUGUCAGGUACAAGGAAGAUGUUUAUGAUCGCCUCUGGUAUAGUUAUGGUACACUUAAUUAUAGCUCGGUGCGAAUCAAUAACUCCUCAGUUUUUGACGUGCACGACAGCAAUGAUGGUUAUAAACUACCAGUACAGGUGUUACGAACCGCAGUCCAAGCCAGUGGAGCUUACAAUAAUACCUUGAGUUAUCCCUUUUCUGGAAUCUCUAAUAGUAGAAGCUUGAAUACGGUCAACUAUAUUUUCUACAGCUUGACUCACUCCGGGAAGCUCAGAAGUAUUUACAAGUUUUGUAAGAAGUUGGCUACAAGAUCACAUUGUGUUCUUCAUUCCUCUUCGAUAACAUUUGGAGAAUUAGAAAUUAAACGAUCUUUGCACAUUACAGACCUGACCCCAGAAAAGAUGCAGAUGUAA